UUUCCCUCUGCGGGAGCAGCCCAGCUCGACUCCGCUCGUCCUCGGUCGUUAUGCCACGGCUCAGCCUGGCAGAGUCCCAGCGCCGCGGGAAUGAGUUUGUGCAGUUCCUGCGGGACACGGGCCGGGAGCAGGAGAGCCGGCGGGAUGCGCUGCGGGGCAUCUACAGCCACGAGUUCCGCAGCAGGACUGAUGAAAAGAUGCCCAGCUUCUCCACCAUCCUGUACGCGCUGAAGGUUUCCCACCAGGCCCAGGUGCACGGGGAGGUGGUGCACUUCAAGAAGGAGAAGAGGCGCAUGGUGGUGGCAGACCAGUACCGGAGAAGCCACGCGAACGCAAAGGUGUCGGUGUCCACGUCUGCCUCAGGCCAGCAGCCCAGCUCCGCUCCACAGGCGCCCCAGAGCCGUGCCAAGAAGUGGGCUGAGUUCAUCCGUGGGAAGCACGGGGUGGAGAUUGUCUCGGAAUACGACCAGGGCGAUGGCUACAUCCGCAUCCCGGUGGUGCCCGGCGAGCCCACGACGGUCACCAUGCGGGUGCAGAACCACGGGGCGGAGGCGGUGAUGCUGCGGCGGUGUCGGCCGUGCCGGCGGUCGCGGGAGCUCUCCUUCACCGACGAUCAAGGGGCGACGCAGGGUCAGUCCCUGCUGCUGCACCCAGGUGGCACCUACCCCGUCCAGGUGCGCUGCCUGGCCACCUGCAAUGGGUACUUCCCCACCACGGUGAUCUUUGAGUUCACCAAGGAGCCAAACGAGACCUUCAGCAUCGGGCGCUGCGUGGCUGCCGUCGCCGAGAGCCAGCUGGCCAAGGAGCUGGGGCCCUCGGCGCCUUUCCAGCCGUACCAGGCCAGCCUCCAGCGCCCCAUCACCGUCGUCACCGAGGAUGGUGUCCUCCCCGACAGAUACCAGAAAGAUGAAUUGGAGAGGGAAAUCCCGCUGGGCACCUACCAGUACCCAAAGAGCCUCAAGGACACAAUCCUGCUUGGACCGAACACCAGUGCCAGCUCCAACUGGUCUGCCAUGCGGUCGCUGCUGGAGGCUCCUCUGCAGGCAGAGAACUACCAGCAGAAGUUCCAGCUGCUGCUUCACCUGGAGGAGAUCCAGAUGGAGGUGGACAUCCGGCGCUAUGACAUGCAGGAUGUGGCCAUGGUGCAGGACAAGGAGCUGCUGGUCCUUGAUGUCCCUGGUGUGGCCGAGAACCGCCCGUCCGUGCUGAAGGGGGACCACCUCUUCGUCCACCUGAGCAGCGAGCGGGACCGCUCCCCGCUCGUCCAAUUCAAGGGCUACGUGCACAGCGUGGAGUGCGAGAAGGUCAGGCUGGGCUUCUCCUCCAAGCUGCUAAAGAGGUUUGUGAACAACCUGCGGUUCGACGUGACCUUCACCUUCAGCCGGCUGCCGCUGCAGGUGCAGCACCGGGCUGCAGCGCUGGCCAUGCAGCACGGCUUGUCCAGCAUCCUCUUUCCCUCCGGCUCCUGCCAAAGGUCCCUCUUCACGGGCACCUUCCAGCCCCGGUGGUUCGACCGCAAGCUGCUGGCGAACGAGGAGCAGUGCAGGGCCGUGACACACAUCGUGACAGGGAUGUCCAGGCCAGCCCCAUAUCUCAUCUUCGGCCCCCCUGGCACCGGCAAGACCGUCACGCUGGUGGAGGCCAUCAAGCAGGUCUGGACGUGCUUCAAGGACGCCCGGAUCUUGGCGUGCGCCCCUUCUAACAGCGCCGCGGACCUGCUGUGCCAGCGCCUCCUCAAGGACUUCCCCCCCCGGUACAUCUACAGGCUCAUCGCCACCUCCAGGAACUAUAACGAUGUGCCUGCCGACAUCAGGCCCUGCUGCAACUGGGACGACAGGCAGAGCUGCUACGUGUACCCCAGCAAGAAGUACCUGGGGUGCUAUCGGAUCAUCAUCACCACGCUGGUGACAGCAGGAAGGCUGGUGUCGGCCAACUUCCCCCCAGGGUUUUUCUCCCACGUCUUCAUCGACGAGUGCGGCCAGGCGGUAGAGCCCAGAAGCGUGGUUGCCAUCGCGGGGCUCCUGAGCGCCAUGGACCAGGAAACCAACCCCAACGGGGGGCAACUGGUGCUGGCAGGAGACCCCCAGCAGCUGGGCCCUGUCCUGAGGUCGCCGCUGGCCAUCGAGCACGGCUUGGGCACAUCGCUGCUGGAGAGGCUGAUGCUGCACAACCCCCUGUACAAGAAGUCGAGCGAUGGAUACGACCCUCAAUUUGUCACCAAACUGCUCUGGAACUACAGGUCCCAUGAGGCCAUCCUCAGGAUCCCCAACGAGCUCUUCUACGACAGUGAGCUGAAAGCCUGCGAGAGCAACGAGCUCGAUGUCCGCAGUCUGUACUGUGACUGGGAGGAGCUUCCCAAAAAAGGCUUCCCCAUCAUCUUCCAUGGGGUUUGCGGGGAAGACCAGAGAGAGGCCAAGAGCCCCUCGUUCUUCAACACGGCUGAGAUCGAGGUGCUGCUCCACUACCUCAAGAAGCUGCUGCAGAGCCAGGGCAAGGGGGGCUGCCCCACCGUCUCACCCAAGGAGGUUGGCAUCAUCUCUCCCUACAGGAAGCAGGUGGAAAAGAUCCGGAAAGCCAUCACCUCCCUGGACCCCAUCCUGCGGGCGCUGACGGACAUCCACCUGCUGAAGGUGGGGUCCGUGGAGGAGUUCCAGGGCCAGGAGCGGCGCAUCAUCCUCAUCUCCACCGUGCGCAGCUGCAGCGAGUACCUCCAGCUCGACCAGGACUUCAGGCUGGGCUUCCUCAAGAACCCCAAGAGGUUCAACGUGGCCAUCACCAGGGCCAAAGCUCUGCUGAUUGUGGUGGGGAACCCAACUGUGCUCAGCAAGGACCAGCACUGGCAGAGGUUCCUCAGGUACUGCCAGGAGCAGGGAGGCUACACGGGCUACCCCUACGAGGACGAGAGCCUGGCAGAGGACGGCCUCACCGCCAACCUCCAGGCGCUGCACCUCAGCGAGUAGCAGGAUGGUGAGCGGCGCUGGGAGCUGCCAGGGAGCUCGGAAACCCACCUGGGGAAGGAGGACAAGCCCCGUGGAGCUCCAGCACCCUCAGCCUGCCCUGGGCCACCAGCAGCCACCUGCUCAUCCUCUUCCUCGGUCUUGGGGUGCUCAGUGCUCUGUGCAUCCCCGUACGAAUGGGGCUGAGCCCACUGGGAACGGGGUCCUGCCAGCAUCCAGAGCACAGAUCUGGGGGGAACCACAUCUCCUCGCAGAGCGGGACCACCCCUCUCCAUUUUAAACAGCUUUUGGGACAGCCAUGGAAGACCAGUUCCCUGUGACCGGUCCCACCGUCUGAUGAAUGAUUUAAGCACGAGUCUGGCCUCCGAGCAGCAUCCCCAGGUGCGUGGGGAGCCCCCCCAGCAGGCUCCUGGGCUCCCCGCUCCCACAGCCGGCACCAUUCAUUUGCUUUC